ACUUGAUGCUGAUCUUUGUACUGAGAAAAGAGAGCAGGACGUCAUGAUGGUACAAACCCCUGGAGGAGGAUAAAGUUCUCUAGAUGACGGAUUAAAACAAAACAAGGAUCAACAGCUACAGGAUGAGAACCGGCCGGUGUACCCGACGUUUGGUGAGUGUUUCAGCUGUAGGGGAACGUUCCCUAUUUUAAUUCUGUUGCACCCUGAAGCCUGGGAAUGAAAUCCCAUUACUCAAGGUGUUAGAUUCCCAUCCUCAAAGUGUCACUUCACACCUUCAGCAUCAGGGUAAAAGCAGCAAAUGCUUCACUCCCUUCAGUCUUUGCAGGGUUCGUGUAGGCACCAGUACCCAGCCAGCACCCUGGGCUCAGAGAUCUCUGUCACAGCAAGAGUGGUUGUGUCAUUGUGUGAGUGUGUGUGUCUCUGUACCUGUGUGUCAGUGCAUGUGUGUGUGUGUGUGUGUGUGUGUGUCUGUGUCACUGCCAUUUUUAGUGUGUAUGUGUCUGUGUGUAUCAGUGUUAGUGUGUUUCAGUGUAUGCAUGUGUCAGGGUGUGUAUGUCUAAGCGUGACUGUGUCAGAGUGUAUGUGCUUGUGUUUGUGGAGUGAGGGCGAUGGACAUCACUGUCCCCCAACACCACAACUCCUCGAUUACCCCUUGCUGGAACAGAUUGUCAGACGCCAAUUUCACCAGCUCUGAGUCGGAUUGUGUGCUGAGCUGGGACCCUGACCCUGACCCUUCUGGCUGGGACACAACACAGUGGGUGACUCCAGAGUCUGACGGCUCCGGGACAGCCGACAGGAACCGCCUCACCUCGGAAUCGGACUGCCUCACCGACUCCACGUCCUACAGCUUGUCGCCGAUCUCCGUCGACUCCUACCGGCUUUCCCCUCCCUACCUCCCUAGGACAUCCUCGCCCGCGGUCGGCGCGGACGCGAGCCUCCCUUCUCCAGCAGUGGCUCGCCGGCCGAGGAAGGUCCGGUCGCGCUGCCCGGACAGGCAGCGGCAGAACGCCAGCGAGAGGGAGAAGCUGAGGAUGAGGGGACUGGCCAGGGCCCUCCGCAACCUGCGGACCUACCUGCCCCCGUCCGUGGCGCCCGCCGCUCAGAGCCUGACCAAGCUGGAGACCCUGCGGCUGACCAUCCGCUACAUCGCCCACCUGACGGAACUGCUGAACGAGGAGGGCCGAGACACGGCGGGCGUGAGCCGGGGGAGGUGGCCCCAGGGUCUGUCCUGGGUGCACCACGUUCAUCAACAGCCUCCUGUCCCCUCCCCUUCCCUGCCUACCUCCCACCACCCAGAGUCACAAGACCAGAACACAUUCCUCCAGGACUUGCAAUGCACAACGGGAUCCGCACAAGCUGGCCGUUUUCCUCGGAGCUACAUCCCUGGAUUCUGAAACUCCUGGGAACACUCUCCAUCUCUGCUGGAAGUUCGUAAACUUCCUCUGUAUUAGAAUAAUUGCAAAUAUUAGCAAAUUUAUUUUUCUAAUUUAUUAUGUAUUUUAGCAGAGUUGUUUGGUUAUUCACUAACUAUAUUUAUAUCUUUAAUUUGCAAAUACAUGAAAUGUAUUAUUUUGUAUAGAAUUCUGUACAGUUGAAAUC